AGGUCCUCUGGGGCAUCUGUCAAUACAUACCUAGGUACCUUGGUACACACCUCCGCAACCUCGCACAAGCUGCCUCGCACUCGACUCGAGAGCCUCCUCCCGUGCACUCCCCUCCUGCCCUCUUGGCCCCCCUGGCCCCGCCAGCUGCCCGCCUCCCCUCCAAGUCUGCUAGUCAGCUAGUGCAGCACAGCGUCGAUCCCAGAUCUGCAAACGCCGGCUCGAGCUCUGUCUGGCUGUCUGGCUGUCUGGCUGGGCGGCUGGGCGGCUAGGUGGAUGUGUCUAUCGAUUUCCCCCAACUACCGGUCAGGAAGCUCCAGAUCAACAGAGGGUCUCCGGGAGUGUGUGGGGGGUGGGGGGAGGGGGGAGGCCCAUCCCCUCAUGCACCGACCCCCCCUUGACGCCUGUCAUCUGGUUUUUGAUUUGGUCGUGAUGCCUGCAUUCUGCCAAUCUGCCUGUCUGCCUCCUCAAUGAUCGUCGUCCACGGAUCGGCUCAUCAUUGGAGGGGCCCCAUUACGCCCUCGCCCUCGGCCGGCCGACCAAGUGGGUCAUCCUGUGCCUCCUCCUGCCUGCCUUCUCAGACGUGCGCCUUCUUGGCCUGCAGGGCCUGGUUACCUGGUUACCUGGGGUCCUGGUGCCGGCGUGCAGGCUGAGAGGCUGGCUGGCUGGCAGGCUGGCUGGACGGACAAGGCCCUAUCGUGGCAGGUAGGCAGCAUGUGUUUGGUUGCACUGCCGAGGACUAGCUAUAUCACGAGAUAUGGCAACAUCGCCAAGGCCUUAUCGCCCCUGGCCUGGCGAGAAGAGAGGUUGCAACACAACAUGGAGGAGUCCCGACUUGGCAUAGCAGCCUCCACCCCCCGGUCCGACAUGGCAGGCCAGCCGGUUGUGUGUACGGACUACGUGCCGUGCGGUGUCGUAUGGUGUUGUGUUGUUGAGUGGCCAAAGUGGUCCAGGAGGGGAAGCAGACACCACUCCCACAGAUAUAAAGAUGCAGGCCAAGCCGGCUGAUCUCUUGGAAGCCAGCCUUGAACUCCAGCCCUCUGCAUCUGCUCCUUGGCCCUCACCAUCGUUGGUCCUAGUCUCUUGGCCUCAGUGCUUGUCUUGUCUUGGUAUUGUCUUGUCCCGCCUUGGUUGUGACCCUCCUGCCUCUUGACAUCCCCCACUUGACACCCCACCGCCGUCUUCUCAACACCACAAUGGCACCCAGCGUCAAGACAGCCCUGGUGGCAGCAGCUCUCGCCAGCUCUGCCGUGAGCGCCCCCUCCGGCCUUCACAUCGGAACCCCGUCCAACACCCCGGACAACCUGGGCCCGGGCAAGGCCUCCUUCAAGCAGGUCCCCAACCCCAACUACAAGUUCAAUGGCGCUCUGUCGGUCAAGAAGACGUACCUGAAGUAUGGCAAGCCCGUGCCUGACUGGCUCGAGGCUGCUGUUGCCAACAUCACCGCCGAGCUUGGUCUCGAGGGUCGUGCCACCGGCUCUGCCAGCGCCACGCCCAUCGACUCGUUUGACGAUGCCUACGUGACCCCCGUGCAGAUCGGCACGCCGCCUCAGACCCUGAACCUGGACUUCGAUACUGGCUCCUCUGAUCUGUGGGUUUUCUCUACCUCUACGCCUUCCAGCCAGGUCAAGGGCCAGGCCGUCUACGACCCCUCCAAGAGCAGCACCGCCAAGUCCCUGAGCGGCGCCAGCUGGAGCAUCACGUAUGGCGAUGGCUCAUCCUCGAGCGGGAAGGUUUACACUGACACGGUCGCCGUUGGUGGCCUGUCGGUGGCCAACCAGGCCGUCGAGGUCGCAACCACUGUGUCGAGUUCGUUCACUUCCGAGGCCGAGAUUGAUGGUCUCCUCGGUCUCGCCUUCAGCAGUCUGAACACUGUCUCCCCAACCCAGCAGAAGACCUUCUUCGACAACGCCAAGGCGAGCCUGGACUCCCCAGUCUUCACCGCCGAUCUGAAGUACCAUGCUGCCGGUACAUACAACUUCGGCUUCAUUGACGACAGCGCGCACACCGGGUCCAUCACCUACACCUCGGUCAGCACGCGUCAGGGCUUCUGGGAGUUUGUCUCCACCGGAUACUCCGUGGGCUCAGCCUCCUUCGUGUCGACCUCGAUCGACGGCAUCGCUGACACCGGCACGACCCUGCUGUACCUGCCCACCUCCAUCGUGAGCGCCUACUACAAGCAGAUCUCCGGCUCCCAGAACAGCAACACGUACGGCGGCUACGUGUUCCCCUGCAGCGCCACCCCGCCUUCCUUCACCUUUGGCGUCGGCUCUGCCCGCAUCACCAUUCCCGGCAAGGUCAUCAACUACGGCGCCGUCUCCACCGGUAGCUCCACCUGCUUCGGCGGCAUCCAGAGCAGCUCCGGAAUCGGCAUCAACAUCUUUGGUGACGUCGCCCUCAAGGCUGCCCUGGUGGUCUUUGACGGCUCCUCCACCCCCCGCCUGGGCUUUGCACCCAAGACCGUUUAAAUAGUCAUAAUAUCCAAGUAGGAUGGGGGUACUUCCGGCAAUGCAGCUGAUUCGCCUCGACUGUGAGAGCUGAGUAGGCGGUAAAACACGACGUGGGCAUUUGAGAUAUGGGAUAAUAUUCGUAUGUAGAUAUCCAGAAUACAUAUUUCCAAGGUUCAUUUGUA